AUGGUUGCUCUCCUCCAGAAGGAGCAGACCGGAAGCGGCGUCACGCCUGUUGACCUCUUUUUUGCCGGAUCCGAUGAAUACGCCGAGCAUCGCAAGCUCCGGGACGGUGCCAAGGGAUUCGAGCACAUCCGCCCUGCCGCUAUUGCAGUUCCACGAGAUAGCUCCGAGGUACGGCGACUCGUACGAUGGGCCAAGUCAAUUGAUCUCAAGUUCACCAUCAGAGGAGGCGGCAAUGACUUUUGGGCGCGCAGCAUUGCACACGACACUCUCAUGAUCGACAUGCGCGGCAUCAACAGCAUCAAGGUCGCGGAAGAUCGUCAGACAGUCGUUAUUGGGGGUGGGGUUCUGAUGAAGGACCUGAUCCUCGCUUUGGACGAUGUUGGCUUGAUGACGCCGACGGGUCAUACUUGGAUCAUCGGCUACGCGGGCUGGGUAUCGAACGGUGGCUACGGGACGAGCACCCAUAUCCAUGGCAUGGGAAUCGAGCAGGUCGUCGAGGCGGAGCUCGUGAACGCAAAAGGCGAAGAAGUUGUCGCCGACGAGGAAAUGCUUGAGGGAGUCAGAGGUGUUUGCGGUCACCUCGGCGUGAUUACAAGUCUGACCGUGAAGGUGUACCCCAAACACGAUCCACCCCCCAAGCUCCCUAUGCCCAAGGAGCUAACGAUCCACAACUUCAUCAGCUGGCAGGCCCAAGGAGGAGUCGUCUUUAGCGUCAUCUGGACCUGGACGGGCGAUAUCGAGAAGGGACAGGCUUGUCUACAGAGCUGGAAAGACAACACCCCGCCCUUGCUUGCGUCCACCGUGGAGGUGUUGCCCGAUAAAAUCCGCCAGCAGAAUAUGCCUCCGCCAUGUCCUCUGAAAGGUGGACAAAGGAACUGUUUCCUUGCUCGUCUUCCAACAAGCGACGCCGGCGACGAACUGGCAGCAGCCAUCCUUGAUGCCGCCGAAGCUAUGCCCAGAACGAUGGGCCCAAAUAUUGCCUGGGGAGGCAUGGUAGACAUUGAUGCUGCGACGGUGCCGCCGAAUUGCUUUGUCGACAAGAGUCACUCUUACUUCUCCUGUUCGUACCAACACCCGACGGAGGAGUACGCCGAAGAUGUCAUCGCGUGGAGCAAGUCUCUGAUUGCCAGGCUGCGGUCGUUGGGCGAAGAUACGGUACUGGAUAGGGGCUACCCAGCUACGAAUCCGCCGGGGGAGAGGGGUGCGGCGGAGCUCUACGGUGAGAAGUGGACUAGGGUAAAGGAGCUCAAGAUGAAGUACGACCCAACGAACCUCUUCAGCCAUGCGUACCCCAACAUAGAUAUUUGA